AUGGCGCCCCCCGCAACAACACAUAAUAUUUCCUCCGCCUCCUACGGCGCCCCCGCACGGCCGAGCCCACAUCCGCAUCCACACACGCAAGCCUUCGCUUUCGCCGCCGCCGCCGCCGCCGCGCCUUGCCAGCUGUCGGUCCCCCCCGGCCGUGGCGCUGCGCCUCCACCCGGACCUCCGACGGCCUCGGUGUUCGCGGGAGCGGCCUCGGCUCAGGCCCCAGCGCCAGGGACGGCGUCGGGGCCGGGCUCGGGACCCGCAGGCCUUCCCGCCUUCCUGGGCGCAGAGCUGGGCUGCGCCAAAGCCUUCUACCCCGCGUCCCUGAGCCCUCCCGCAGCCGGCACCGCGACCGGUCUAUCCACCGCACUCCUGCGCCAGGGCCUCAAGACAGACGCGGGCGGUGGUGCGGGCGGCGGGGGCGCCGGGGCUGGGCAGAGGCCUUCCUUCUCUAUAGACCACAUCAUGGGCCACGGUGGCGGCGGGACUGCACCUCCGGGCGGAGGCGAGGGCUCGCCGGGAUCGCCGUUCGCGGCGGCGGCGGGUCCUGGAGGUCAAGCCCAAGUCUUGGCCAUGCUGACUGCGCCUGCCUUGGCUCCAGUGGCUGGCCACAUCCGCCUCUCGCACCCCGGGGAAGCCCUCCUGUCCUCAGGGCCCCCAUUUGCCGGCAAAGUUGCCGGUCUCAGCGGCUGCCACUUCUGACCGGGCCGGGCUCAGGGCCACUUGGGCCCGCACUCAGCCUCUCCCGGCAGCUCCUGCGGUCCCCGCGGAACUCAGGGAGUCUAUGCGUGAAGAGUCUCCAGACCUUGGGCCGGCGCGCGCGACUUGGCUCUGCGUUCAGAAUAUCGGCGAUGGUUGGGACCAAGCGGGCUCCAUCGCUCAGGGAGAGCCCGGGUCUCCGCGACGAGGUCGCAAGCUUUGAUUCCAUUCCAGUUUGAGCAGCAAGAGGGGAAUGGGGGGAGCCUUCGCUUUUCCCUGGCCUCUGCGCCUCUGGCAGCCCCGGAAGAAGGCUUUCCCGGUGCCUUCCCAGGCCAUGCGGAUCCCGCCAGAAACACCAACCGCGCAGAGAGGUCUUCUCUCUGUAUCUCCUUCAGUCCUUCCCCGACUUUGAGAUCUUGCUUGUCCAAUAUUAUAAUUUAAAGACACCUAUUAUCUGCUUCGUACUUAAAAGAAAAAAUUCAACUCUUUUCCUUGCUAUUCUCCCAGGAAGUUCGUUCUCGCCGAAGCCCAAAGCUGUGUCUACACAGGUGAAGCUGAGCAGAGAGCAGAAGCGAGGUGUCUCCAAAAUCCCUUUGGAAACCCUGGAUCCCACUCCACAGGGGAGCAUCCUUCCCCUUUUGUGUUGGGGUGCCUUUGAAGGAACAGUUCCCCUUCCCCAGAGCUGGCUGGGUCCCGCCAACCAGGGCCAGCCACCCCGUCAGCGUUCUACUCUGUCCCAGGCCCUGGGAUAUUUAUUAUCGCUAAAGGCAAUGAGU